UCCCGUUUCACCUCGUCACUUUUAGAAGUUCAGACUCAGAUUGGAGCGAAGUCACUUCGGACUGGCACAGAUGAGCGUCCCUUCGUCAAACUCGCUUUGCGGGAAGAAUUCACCGAAGAAACCAAAUGCUCUCCGACACUUAGUCCCGCGUCGCUUCUUCUGCUGUAAAGACCUUUAAAGAACAGCUCCGGGACUCAUCCUCAUCAUCCUCACCAUGCCCGACGUGUCCAAGAUGAAGAAGCCGGACGUGAAGGUGGUCCUGCUCGGGGACAUGAACGUGGGGAAGACGUCUCUGCUCCACAGGUACAUGGACAGGAAGUUCAAAGAGACCAUCAGCACCAUCGGAGGAGCGUUUUUCCUCAAACAGUGGGGACCGUACAACAUCUCAAUAUGGGACACAGCCGGCCGGGAGCAGUUCCACGGGUUGGGCUCCAUGUACUGCCGAGGCGCCGCCGCCGUCAUCCUGACGUACGACGUGACCAACUGGCAGAGCCUGGCGGAGCUGGAGGAGCGCUUCCUGUCCCUGACGGACACCGCCCUGCAGGACUGCAUCUACGCCCUGGUGGGCAACAAGGCGGACCUGACGGACCAGCAGGCCCAGCUCGCGCAGGACCCGGACGGACAGCCCCAGGACCAGACCGAGAGCCGGGACAGAACGGACACGCUGCUGUCCGCCUGCCCGACGCCGCCCGACUCGCCGGCCUCCCUCUCCGGGGUCCACAAGCAGGUGACUCGCGAGGACGCGGUGGCUCUGUACGGCAGGAUACUGCAUUACAAAGGCCUGGAUGAGAAGAGCAGCCUGCCUGCCGACAAGAUGUGCUUCGAGACCAGCGCCAAAACCGGGUUCAACGUGGACGCCAUGUUCGAGACGCUGUUCGAUCUGGUGCUGCCGUCCAUCCUGAGGAAGAGGAACGAGAACCAGAGGUCCCCCACCGUGGACCUGGAGGAGUACAGGGAAGUCGGCAGCAAGCGCUCCAGGUCUGGCUGCUGCUGAGAGAGAGAAGCAGCGGCGCCACAACAAGCAGGACGAUCAACGGACAGAACGACAAGUUGGCCGGAGCGCCACGACACUGUGACGGUACUUUGUUUUGGCCUUGAGUGAAACCAGCGCUGACCGCCUCCCACAUUCCGCCAUGAUGCUGUGACGAUGGUUCGGAAACUCAAAUGCAUUUCAUGAUUUCCAGUUGAAUUUUUAUUGUUUUGUGUGUGUGUGUGUGUGUGUGUGCAUGCAUGCAUGUGUGUGUGUGAGGAAUGGAAAUCAAGUCUUCAAAUCCUUCCUCUGUUAUGACUGAAACUGCACUUCUAUCCCAAAGAUGUCUUUGAGCAAAUCACACAGACUAAAGUCAAUCACUGCUCUGGAUAAAUGUUUUACUUUAGGAAUUCCACAGAUUUAACUGCACUAAUUAAUAAAUGGGCCGCACGUUGCACCGUUUCUUUUUGUAUUGCAGUUGAGUCCUAAGGUUUUCGUUAAUCUCGCCACUCACUUCAGUUCCUCGUAGUUUGUGUUGAUUACUGAUCUUUUUCUUUUGCACUUUGGAUGUUUUCGGUGAGUGUAAACCGUCUGCGCUGAACUUUUUAUGCAUUCUCUCAUAAUAAAGAUUUUUUAUUUUGCA